AUGAAUAAUAAUAAGUAUAACUCCUUCAUUUUAGAGAAUAAGAAAUCAUGUAUACAAGUUAUUAGUUCAUCCAGAGCCCAUGUAAGUGAAAAUGAGAUCUAAAUUUAACAUUAUUGUCACUAAUUAAGCGAAUAAUAAGCAUCAAAAAUAUAAAUAUAGAGCUCCAAUCAAUCAAGAAGUAAAUAAAAUUAAAGAACUCUACAAUAUAUGAAGGUAUAUUUGAUGAAGUUGUAAAUUUCAUCAUUUAUAGAGACAUUAUUCAAUUGUCUUAAAUGUAUGAUAGGGAAGGAAUUCAAUUUUAUUAGUCUUUACAAUUUUGAUUGA